CUCUGUCUAUGGUUUGGUUCAGGCGAGCAUGUGUGAAUGUAACAACAGAAGCAUUCAUUUGAACUUGUCUCCCAGACUCAAGGGGUUAUGGCUUCCCGUUCUCUUGAAACCUCCAGUCCGCAUGUGUCCAGAAUUCAGACGGCCCUCCACAAAGGAGCACCCUGCCCACUGGCUAACUGCAAUGGCAUGAGGCUUCCAGGAACCCAUCCCUACCCCUUCCCAGUUGCUGACCAUGGAUACCUCUGCCCAGGGUCAGCAGGAGAUCUUGUUGGCAGUGUGGACCGAUUCGAACCAGAGCCUCACUUGCCCAAAGCAUGGGAAUGCCAGAGACUGCCUAAGGUGCAAGAGCCAAGACAAGAAGAGACAUGGACAAUAAAGUCCCGGUUCAUCUCCUUCAUGAAGGUCCCAAUGCUGCUUUUAUUUCUCUACAUGUUUGUGUGCUCCCUGGAUGUCCUUAGCUCAGCCUUCCAGUUGGCAGGAGGCAAAGUCGCUGGAGAUAUUUUCAAGGACAACGCUAUUCUGUCAAACCCAGUUGCUGGGCUAGUGGUGGGGAUCCUGGUGACUGUUCUGGUUCAGAGCUCCAGCACAUCAACGUCUAUCAUUGUCAGCAUGGUAUCCUCAGGAUUAUUUUCAGUAGAAGCUGCCAUUCCUAUUAUCAUGGGCUCAAACAUUGGGACCUCAGUCACAAAUACCAUAGUAGCGCUAAUGCAGGCUGGAGAUAGGAAUGAAUUUAAGCGUGCGUUUGCUGGUGCCACAGUCCACGACUGCUUCAACUGGCUCUCUGUGCUGGUGCUGCUGCCCCUCGAGGUUGCCAGCGGGCUCCUGUAUCACCUCACUGUGAUUGUAGUGGAGACUUUCCAGAUCCGGAGCGGAGAGGACGCUCCUGAGCUGCUGAAGAUCAUCACUGAGCCUUUCACAAAACUCAUCAUACAACUGGACAAAUCUGUGAUCACAGGCAUUGCGACUGGAGACGAGAGUCUGAGGAAUAAGAGUCUGGUGAAGGUGUGGUGUAGGACCAGCGUCUCUGUGUCCUCUCUGAAUGUCACAGUGAGCACUCCCUUGAACUGCACCUCAUCUGAACUCUGCUGGACAGAGGGAGACACAACCUGGACCACGGUUAACCAGACACUGGAUACCCAUACUGAUAAAUGUAAUCACCUCUUUGUGAAUUCCGGCAUGCCAGACUUGGUGGUGGGGCUCAUUCUGUUAGCUGCCUCACUGGUGGUUCUCUGCACCUGCCUGCUGCUGCUGGUCAAGCUGCUCAACUCUGUCCUGAAGGGGCAGGUUGCUAAAGUGAUCCAGAAAGUCAUCAACACAGAUUUUCCAUAUCCAUUUGGGUGGCUGACAGGAUACCUGGCCAUGGUUGUAGGAGCAGGGAUGACAUUCAUCGUUCAAAGCAGCUCAGUGUUCACGUCUGCCAUCACCCCACUUAUUGGUAUUGGUGUGAUUAGUAUUGAACGUGCCUAUCCACUCACUCUCGGCUCCAAUAUUGGCACCACCACCACUGCCAUUCUCGCUGCCCUGGCCAGUCCGGGGGACAAGCUGGCAGCAGCUUUUCAGAUUGCUCUCUGCCAUUUCUUCUUCAACAUCUUUGGUAUCCUCCUGUGGUACCCCAUCCCUUGCACACGCUUGCCCAUCCGUAUGGCCAAGACCCUUGGGGAGCGCACCGCCAAGUACCGCUGGUUCGCAGUGCUCUACCUGAUCAUUUGUUUCCUCCUUCUGCCUUCGCUGGUCUUCGGGCUCUCCAUGGCUGGGUGGCAGGUCAUGGUGGGAGUAGGAGCUCCCUUUGCAGGGAUCUUGGUUUUCAUCGGCUUCAUCAACUGCCUUCAGACCAGAAGCCCAGACCACCUGCCAAAGAAACUGCAGAGCUGGGACUUCCUCCCCGGAUGGAUGCAUUCUCUGAAGCCAAUGGACACAUUCAUCACCAACGCCACGCUGUGCUGCACAGACCAUUGCAGCUUCUCAAAGGAGAGUGACACCCAAGACUUGUGUGCAUUCCCAGAGAAGUCUCCCCAGGGGAAAGACAAGCUAGCUUAUGAGAACCCAGCCAUUGCCUAUCUGGAUGAGAGCCCAACAGCCACCCCUGUGCUGACCCUCCGCGGACUUGAGAGGCAGAAAAGCACACAGCUUUAGGUGAUGGGUUACAGAGUAGAUUUGUUUUUCAAUGUUAUUUGAUCAAUCUUUACUAGUUUGACUGCACACUGUUUUAACAGGAUCCCAGCCAAAGGCAUGUUUGUAUACAAAAGAACCAAUUGAUUCUCCUGUGGUUGUGAAUGGCAGGUAGUUUUUUUUAGACAUUUGUUAAAUAGGAAAGUGUAUGUUUUCUUUUUUAUGAUUGUUUGUAUUGUGCUAUAACAUUAAUAAAAAGAAAAAGCAGGAACUGAAAAAGGGUGCCAGGUUUCCAAUAUUCUUGGCUGGGAACUACAGAACGCUGCAGUUGCCUUUGUUCUCUGCAGGGUUAAGGGGAAAAAAGUUAUCUUGGGCAGGUUUGCUUUAGCGACCUCUACUGGUCAGUCAGAAACUCCCUUGCCUUAGAAUCUGUGGGUGAAGGAAGGCAGUUGACUUGACGACUAGAACGGAAGUUGUCCGCUGAUCUUCAGUCCUGCGGAUCGAUAAGUGGGUGGCAGCAUGAAUUAACACAAAAAAGUAUUCAUCAACUUACAAAAAGUCAAUUUUGUUUUCAGAAAUGCAACAAGACUGCUGCAGAUUAGCUAUUAUACUUCUAAAAUCUCCCAGUUCAUAAUUUAGACGAACGAUCCCCAGGGAAUCCCAGUUGAGUUUAAUAGUUACAUAUUACCUUUGAUAGCUUCAUCAGUGCUGUGCCUUUUGUAAUCAUAUGAGCCAUCAAGGUCUCUAGUGUGUCAGUCGACAGGAUAACUGAUGAGUCCCUCAUAGCAAUAGAAUAAGUGAAAGGUCAAUAGAGGCAGCUGUACAGUUCAGAUCUGAUUUGUGGCUGACCGACUUUAUGAUAAACUGUACCUAAUAGCAGGCACCUCCAUGGCAAACAGUCUAAUUCAUCUCGGGCUCAAUGAUCCGACAUUUUUCAACUUGCUCACACAUUUAUUGGGCUAAAUUUGAACAUAUUGAAAUUGUCUGUCUACAGUAACCAUUUUUCUAUCAACUUCAAAGUUAAAAUAUUCAAAUAUAUGUCAUCUUAGCAAUACUAAUACAACAUGAUGGGUGUUUUUUUGGGGUGUUCAUAAUACAAUAUUGUCAGACAUUGCAGUCACACAAUUCAAAGACUGCACAAAACUCAAGAGCAGUCUUGUUUAGUCUCUUUAUUUUUUAAACGGUGCUAUAAUAUUUUUUUGGGAAAGGUAACAUUUCAACAGUUUUGGUUAUCAAGUACAAGUAUUACUAGUAGUAUCAUUCCUGUAAUGUCAGUAGUAAGUAAAUAUGAUUUGUUCUUUUUUGACCAUGUGAUUGCAUUAGGGGCAGCAGUGUGGAGUAGUGGUUAGGGCUCUGAACUCUUGACCGGAGGGUUGUGGGUUCAAUCCCAGAUGGGGGAUACUGCUGCUGUACCCCCAACUGUAUAAAUGGGUAAUUGUAUGUAAAAAAUAAUGUAAUAUCUUGUAACAAUUGUAAGUUGUCCUGGAUAAGGGCGUCUGCUAAGAAAUAAAUAAUAAUUAGGGUUAGACUGUACUUUGUAUCAAUGACUAUAUUAUUUUAAUAGCAUUACAUUGUAUACAUGGUUGUAGAACUCAAUGUAUCUGACAAAAGUCAACAAUAAAAGCUCUGUUACAUCUUUCA